GAACGGAGUCUGAAUCCCCAAACUGAAAAAAUUCAGAGUUUCCAAAUGACUCUAUUCAUGUGAAUCAUCAAAUCCACAACACAAACCUAUAAAUAAUGGCUGAAAUUAUUCCAUCUUCUUCCCCCAAAUCAAACCCUAUAAUCGAACCCGGAACAGCAACAACGACGUCCGUAAUCACCAUGACUACAAUCUCACAAUCGCCGUCAAUUGAGAUGCCGUUAAACCAAUCUCAGUCUCAGCAACAACAACAACAAAUGCAACAACAGAUGCAGCAGCAACAACAAUUGUCGCAAUCUCAACAACACCAAAUGCAGCAACAGCUUCAACAGCAGCAGCAGAACAAUAAUAAUAAUAAUUCUAGUAGUAGUAACAACAACUUAAUGUCAGCUGCUGCAUCUAAUUUCACGAUGCAGAGAUCGCCUUCAAUGUCGAGGUUGAGUCAAUUUCAAAUGCAGCAGCAGCAGCAACAACAACAAUUAGGUUUAAUGAGGCAACAAUCAGGAGGAGGGCUUUAUGGUCAAAUGAAUUUUGGAGGCGGAAGUACUUCACUCCAGCAACAACAACAACAGUUACAACAACAACAAUUGCAGCAACAAUUGCAACAACAACAACAACAACAGAAUCAACAACAGCAGCAACUAAGUGGCCAGAAUCAACAACAACAACAAAUAGGUGGCCAGAUGAGUAGCGGAAAUUUGAAUAGGGCAGCUUUAUUGGGACAGACUGGUCAUUUGCCCAUGUUAUCUGGACAAGCUGCUGCUGUUGCUCAGCUCAAUUUGCAAUCUCAAUUUUUGAAUUCGCCACGGCAGAAGUCUGGUCUAAUGCAGGGGAAUCAGUUCCAUACAGGGAAUUCCCAUGGCCAGUCCUUGCAGGGUAUACAGGCGAUGGGAAUGAUGGGAUCUCUGAACAUGAACUCUCAGUUAAGGGCAAACGGGGCCCUGGCAUAUGCACAACAACAAAGGGUGAAUCCAAAUCAGUUGAGGCAGCAGUUGUCCCAGCAAAAUCCUCUCACCACUACUCAG